AUGAGUGGCGACCCUGGCAGGGGCACCAACUCGGACAGCGACCUUUCAGAAGACGUACUUCGCCUCGACAGCACGGGCGGAAGUUUUAGGGGCGUUGGGACCGUGAAGUCCGCUGAGAGGCACGGACGUGCAAAGCUCUCCGGCUACAGCGGAAGCGUGGAGCUUGCCAGGCACGUCAAGACGGGGUUGCUGCUGAUGAACAUCUUGCAGUUUCCCCAGAAGAUCUCCUCGAGACACAAGCACUUCGCCAUCAAGAAUGAGGAGACGGACGUCGCGUGCAACAAGUACUUUGUGAAGAAGGCAUUGAUCUCUGCAGGAGACAACGACUACUCAGCAUACAUGCUGGGUGACUUGUUGGAGUAUGGCCACAGAUCCAAGCAGGUGUACCACGGGGUUGGCAAGCUCAUUGGUACACUGCACAAGGGAAAAUCCUAUGGCUUCACCCUGGACAACCCUGAGCACCAGGACACCUUGCUGAAGUCCAUCAGGGAGAACUACGACAUCCUGGAUGGGGUGGGUGACAGCCAGAUCCUUUUCUUGGACUGCAGGCCAAUAGACGAUCCUUGCAAGGACAUCACACUUAGGGACCGCGUUGGGACCAAUGAGGGCAAUGUCAAACACAUGGCCUCAACAAGUUCCCGUGUGAUGGCCCAAAUUGGAAGUACCCCUGUGGCAGCAACUGCCAAGAGUGUCGGUGGGGCACGGGCAAAACCGCUAUCAGGGAGUGCCUUGAAGCUGCGACCUAGGAAGGGUUGGAGCGCUCACAAAAUCAUCAGCUGGCGCCACAGGGGGACUGACGUUCAAGCUCCUACUGGGCCUGGUAAGGCACCUCCUAGGGUGACUCUUACAGGAGCGCCACCUACUCCGUGCAAAGACUUGGGAGUAGCCUUCUCAACAGGCUUAGACUUUGCAGUAAGAGGGACAGCAGCUGUCUUCAAGGCUGAUGAUGAUGUCGGCGAAGAAGCGUUUCUUCGUCCUACACCAAAGGUGAGCGCUCAAGUGCCAGCAAAGUCAUGGCCAGCUAAAUCUGUCAUUGCUGCUGGAGCAACAAGCAAAAAAAUGGAGAAGGUGGCGGAGAAAGACAACGAGAAGAAAGAUGAUGAUCCCAACACAGGGACAUCACCUAUGAAGGUUGAAGAAAAAGAGGGUGAAAGGAAGGGAUGA